UCACGUGAGGAACGCAGUGGGAAUGGAACAAAAAUCAAUUUUCUACCUAACACAAUAACGUCAUAUGAUCACAAGUGCAAAUUCGGAGGGCAGAUAACUUCACUGGACGGCAAGAUGUUGCGGGCGAUUUCCCUUCUAUUUGCGCUGAUUGCAGCUGCAAACUGUGAUCAACUAUCCGUGCUAUAUGCGCCAAAAUCCGUGGAAUUCAGUGGUAACAGCCGGUUGGAUUCGGAAGCGCUGCCGGAAGUGUUCGGAGCUGCCCUGGGUUACUCCGUGAACCUACCGACAGAAUGGGACGGUAUGAUAAUAAAGGAUCCGUUCAACACUGCCAACGGUGCUGUGGUAGUUGUUGCCGAAGGACUUGAGUCCGUCGCAGUUGAGGGUGUCAAAAACUAUCAAUUGGACGGUAAUACCGGAUCCAUUGCAUUGAGCGAACUGAUUCAAAAAUCUGCCGACCAUCAGGGUGUCAGCUUCGAGGUUGAUCUAAAGGAAUCAUCCGACAACUUUGCCACUCCGCUCGGUACGGUUCAGCCAGACGAUGAGGAGGUGAAGCCGCAACAUCUGAAACCAAAAUCGAACAAAGCCGAUUCGGACUUUUUGCGCCAGAUUGCAUUCCUGAAUGGAUUGAGCGAUCUGCUCGUCACAUCGACCGACCGUAUCCCAACCGUCCACAUUGUGCGCGUCUCCUUCGAAGCACUGGUCGCCGCACACGAACCGAACUCUCCCGCACUGGAAGAAGCGAAGAAACUGUUCGUUAACGCAUUGGCAGGACUAGAGACGGCGUCCGAGAAGGCAUUUGACGGUGCGGUUAUUGUUGGGCUGGUGACGGCUAGCGAAGGUCAGCUGGUGGUACGCUCGAAGCGACAGGCACAGCAGCCGAAGCAGGAAGAGACUGACGAAAACCCAAUGAACUUGGCCGACAAGUACAACAGCAAUUAUCCAGUCAUCUUUAACAUCAUUCUGUGGUUUAGCGUCGUGCUAGUGUUCUCGCUGCUUGCUAUCUCGAUCGUGAUUGGCACAAUGGAUCCGGGUCGCGAUUCCAUCAUCUACCGUAUGACAUCGACCAGAAUGAAGAAGGAUAACUAAGUCCAUCCAUCCGCACCUUCUUCAACCUGCAUCUGGUAGGCCCCAUUAGCG